AACCCCCACCAGCCAAGGCGACUGAGCAGCUUCCACCACCUUCUCGACGCCCCAUCACGUACCUAGCUCUCGAUGUCAGUCGCCAGAGGGUGAAUGUGGUCGUACCUAUCUACUAUCUCCAGGCCCUGUGUCAAGGAACCCUCCGCAGCUUGGGGCCAUCUAACGAGCAUCAUCUCUCUCUCAUUCUGCUUCCUCACCCACCCCUCCCUCUGUCCAUAGCAACGCGUACUCUACCGCGAUGCCUUCUCCCACUGUCUUGGCGGACGAAGGUGUCAAGGCGGUGGCUGCCGGCAGGUAUGAAGAGGGCAUCGAGAAGCUGUCUGAAGCUCUGAAAGAGCGUCCCGCACCUCUCUGGCUGCUCGAGCGGUCCAAGGCCUACCUGCGAACCAACGACUUCGACCUCGCCCUAUACGACGCGGAGAAGGCUCUACGCGUAGCGUUCGAUCGUGCCAACCGUGACCUGAUGACGGAGGCUCAGCUUCGACGAGCUAUCGCCCUCUUUCGUCUCGGUCGCUACGCCGACGCCGAUAUCUGCGCUGCUUGGGUCACCAAGCUCGUAGACGGAUCCAGAGCCACCGUGGAUGACGGCCAGCAGAACAAGGUCGACGAAAAUGGAGACUAUACCGAGUCUGUCGCCAGCAUCACUGAAGAGGUCAAGCCCGAUGCCCGGGAUCGGCUGGCGACGGCCAUGACCGGCAACGGUGGGAGGUCCAAGGGGGUCUCGUUGAAGAACCAGGCAAUCUCGUGGAGACUCCAGGCGUUGACGAAGCUAGAGCAGCUCCCUGUGGGACACGCUGGCCGCAAGGUCAACAUCUCGGAAAAGUAUCCCCAGCCUGCCGCGGCUCCCCCGGCCCGUAAGGCUAAGAAGGAUGCAGAGCCUACGGACGGCGAUGGCGCUGGCGAUUCGAAGAGAGAGGAAGACGACACGUCUCGGGCAUCUGGCAGCACCCGCGACGCCUGGGAGAGACUCUGGAAGCAGUAUCGCGUUGUUCACGCGAAGAACAGCGUCCGAACCAGUUUCUACCAGAACGAUGCGACCCUCACCAUCGACUUCUUUGCUAAGAACGUCCCCGCGGAUCGCUUCGCCCUGCAGGCUGACUUUGAGAACCUUACUAUUGGCCCAAUACCCGCCAUCCACCCGGAUACUAUCCGCGUCCAUCUCUGGGGUCGGAUCAAGCCGGCCGAGACCAAGCAGACGAUCAAAUCGAUGAAGGUAGAACUAGUCCUGCAGAAAGAGACUCUCGGGAAAUGGCCGACCCUGCAGCGGGAUAGUGUUGACCUCCUAGACAAUAUCUCCGUCGGCACUGCCUCGCAGCCGUCUUUCCCCCAGUUCUCUGCAUUUAUCGCCCGUACUAGGUACAAGGCUCCCGAGGAGCUCGACCUGCCGGACUUUAGCCGAGAUCAGAACCUCUGGUACGGUGCCCUACUCGACAAGCUGCAGGCUGGCCUGGGAGAGCAGUCCAGCCCAUUAGCAUCCGCGGGGCUGUCAGCGAGCCCGAAUCCGGCAACCGAGGCCACAUUAGUUGCCCCAGAUCAGGAGAGGGCGACGCCGGGCAAAGACGAUCAUGUUCGCGCUAGUAAUCCUGUGCCUCUCUCUACCCCAUCCUCUGGGGGUGCCGGUCCCGCUAGUGCACCGGCCUACCCUACCUCUUCGAAGAAAGGGCCGGUGAACUGGGAUAAAUUCGAUGCCGGCGGCGACGUCGACGAGGACGAGAGCCAGAACGACGUCAACAAGUUCUUCCAGAAGCUCUACGAAGGGGCGGACGAAGACACGAAACGAGCCAUGAUGAAGAGCUAUGUCGAGAGCAACGGCACGUCGCUGAGCACCAGCUGGGCCGAGGCCAAGGACAAGACGUACAAGACCCAACCGCCCGACGGUGCCGAAGCUAAGAGGUGGGAUGAGUGAAACGGUUUAAUGGUCUACUAACCCACACCGAGAUUUCUCAGGUGCGAUAGUGUGUAGUCUGACUCUCGUGGCUGUUGUAAUCCCUCCUCCCUAGUCAAUACUUGAAAAAAGAAAAAAAAAAGGUGUUUAGGCACGGAAAGGAUAACGGCGGUACGUGCGGCGUUAUGAUACCAAAAAUGCUAUACCAAACCUUCAGAAAUUCGUUAUAGGUGCACUCUCUAUUGACUUU